AUGCCCAUCACUCCCGGCAGAAGACCUGGCGGGUGGAAGACUAUGCCGUAUAUCAUCGGUAUCAAACCCCUUCUCUCUCUAUCUCUCAGCCGCUCUCUCGCUUUCUAUCUACUGGUCUAUACACCGGAGCUUGCCGUAGGCAACGAAACGUUCGAGAGGGUGGCGAGCUUCGGGAUGACGACGAACCUGACGGUCUACCUGGUGAAGCGCUACAACAUGGGCGCGGUGGCCGCCGCCAACCUCACCAACAUCUGGAAUGGCACCACCAACUUCGCCCCCCUGGUCGGCGCCUUCCUUUCCGACGCCUACUGGGGCAGGUUCCCCACCAUUGUCCUCGCCUGCGUCGCCACCUUCCUGGUUAGUACGCUCCCCCUCCCCCAUCACCUCUCCUUUCCUCCCUUCCAGAGGCGAAUUCCACUGCUCGAUCACUAUCCACAUUCCUCUUCAUGCCGGCUGAGCCCAUCAAUGAACAGACGAAGAGGGAAUUAAUUAUUCAGAAGAUCCCAAGUUCCUUCCACCCUGGUCCUUUCUCUGCAUUUAUUGAAAUUUCUCUACUGUUUCCUUCUACUGUGUCCGUGACGAUGCAGGGCAUGGUAGGGAUGACUCUCACGGCGAGCGUCUCCGAGCUGAGACCGCCGUCCUGCGACGCGGGGGCGGCGCAGCCGGCGAAAGGCGUGGGAUGUGUCGGGCCGACGGCGGCGCAGUCGGCCAUGCUGGUGGCGUCUCUGUCGCUGCUGACGGUCGGCGCCGGCGGGGUGCGACCCUGCAACCUCCCCUUCGGGGCCGACCAGUUCGAUCGCACCACCAAGGAGGGCCGCCGGGGGACCAAUAGCUUCUUCAACUGGUACUACACCACUAACACGGCGGCCGUGAUGGUCGGCCUCACCUUCGUGGUGUACCUGCAGGACAGUGUGAGUUGGGCGGUCGGCAUGGCCGUCCCCGCAGGGCUGAUGCUUCUGUCCCUCGCCCUGUUCCUGUUCGGCGCCGGGCUCUACGUCUACGUGCCGCCGGAGGGCAGCGUCCUCGCCGGCGUCGUCCAGGUAUUCGCCGCCGCCUACAGGAAGCGGUCGCUGCCGCUCCCAUCUCCACCGGAGCAGGAGGCGACCCUGUUCAAUCCGCCGGCGAAGACCACCGGCACUGCUCUGCCCGUCGUCAGGCUCCCUCUCAGCCAACAGUUCAGGUAAAAGCCCCCCACUUGCGUUCUGACUCUGCCAGACCGCACCCCGACAGCCGCCACGUCGGGUCCCGGCAGGUAGUUGCUCGUCGCGUUUUGACUCUGACUUUUGAGAUAGUUAAAAGUCGUUGUCGGACUGGAACAAAACAGGGUUCUUAACAGAGCCGCCAUCAAGCUCCCCGGGGAGGUGAAAUGCACCGGCGGCGACGAGGAGGGCGGCGGGGGCGCCGCUGUAAAUCGGUGGCGGCUGUGCAGCGUGCAGCAGAUCGAGGAGGUGAAGUGUCUGAUACGGAUCGUGCCCGUGUGGGUCUCCGGCAUCACCUGCUUCCUCGCCCUCUCCCAGCUUUGGACCUUCGCGGUGAUCCAGGCCUUCUUCAUGGAUCGCCGCCUCGGCAGCAAGUUCCAAGUGCCGCCGGCGUCCCUCGGCGUCGUCAGCCUCCUCUCCAUCGUUGUCUUCCUCCCCAUCUACGACCGCUUGCUGGUGCCCCUAAUGAGGAGGGCCACCAAGCAGGAGUCGGGAAUCACGCUGCUGCAGCGCAUGGGUAUCGGCAACUUCAUCUCCCCUUUCUCCACGGUGGUCGCCGGCCUUGUGGAGCAGAGAAGGCGGCACAGGGCGGUGGCGGAGCCCACGCGGCCCCUGUCCGUGAUGUGGCUGGUGCCGCAGCUCGCGCUGGUGGGCUUGGCGGAGGCGUUCAACGCCGUGGGGCAGAUGGAGUUCUACAACCAGCAGUUCCCAGAGCAGAUGAGGAGCAUCGCGACAUCUCUCUUUUACUGCAGCAUUGCCGGAGCGAAUUACCUGAGCAGCCUAGUGGUGGAAGUGGUGCAGAGGAAGACCGGCAAGCACGGCCAGCCGAACUGGCUGGACGACAACAUCAACGCCGGCCGGCUCGAGUACUUUUACUAUCUCCUUGCCGGGAUGGGCUUCGCCAACCUUCUCUACUUCCUCGUCUGCGCUCACUUCUACCGCUACAAGGGCAGCGGCAGCAGCGUCGCCCCCGGCGCCGGCGAACAGGAGCUCUCGCCGGUGUACCCCGGCGACUCUCGUCGGCGAGGAUGA